UUUUUUUUUCCGCGCACCGAUUUUUUUUCCUCUCUCCUCACACAACGAGGCUCUUUAAGCCCCGGCGCGCGACACAGAGCGGGCAUUCAGAGCGCGAGCGAGGGGGCUGAACCGACGGACUCUCGCGCUGGGCGGGCGACCUGCUUCAGUGCAGUUUUUCAGCAGAUCUAUAUCCCGAGGGAGACGGCGGAUGGAUUCAUUCUGAAAGAACGUGUACAAAAUAAGCGUGUUGAAGUUCUUUGGAGGACGUGAAAUACAUAUUUGAUAUUAGAAAAAUCGCCAACUGUUAUAGCGAGAGAGAAAUCGUUUGUAGUCAAUAAACCUAAAAAACAGAGGCCCUGUGAGGAAAAACUAGACCUACCGCAGACACCUGUGGCCGCAGAGCGAGAGGACCGAUGUCGGCGGAGGAGCACAGUAUGUCCGAGGUGGAAAUGAGUCCCGGGGUCUCGGACGACGGUCACUCCAUGUCCCCCGGACACUCGUCCGGUGCUCCCGGCGGGGCGGACUCCCCUCUGCCCGGCCAGGCGUCUCAGAUGCCGGGCGUCGGUGAUGAUGCGCCCGGCGUCUCCGCCGGUGUGUCGGUGAAGUCCGACGAAGAAGACGACCGCUUCCCCAUCGGCAUCCGCGAAGCGGUCAGUCAGGUGCUCAACGGCUACGACUGGACGCUCGUGCCCAUGCCCGUGCGCGUGAACUCGGGCAGCAAGAGCAAGCCUCACGUGAAGCGGCCGAUGAACGCGUUCAUGGUGUGGGCGCAGGCAGCGCGCAGGAAGCUGGCGGAUCAAUACCCGCACCUGCACAACGCCGAGCUCAGCAAAACACUCGGGAAACUCUGGAGGCUGCUGAAUGAGACGGAUAAGAGGCCGUUUAUCGAGGAAGCCGAGCGUUUGAGGAAGCAGCAUAAGAAAGAUUAUCCCGAGUACAAAUACCAGCCACGUCGACGCAAGAACGGCAAGCCGGGGUCCAGCUCUGAGGCCGACGCCCACUCCGAGGGCGAGGUCAGCCACAGCCAAUCGCAUUACAAAAGCCUGCACCUGGAGGUGGCGCAUGGCGGGGCCGCAGGGUCACCACUGGGCGACGGACACCACCCUCACGCUACAGGUCAGAGCCACAGCCCUCCGACGCCCCCUACCACUCCUAAGACGGAAUUGCAGGGCGGUAAAUCGGGCGAGGGGAAGCGCGAGGGUGGAGCCUCCAGGAGCGGCUUGGGGGUGGGAGCGGACGGAAGCUCCGCCUCCUCAUCAGCCAGCGGUAAGCCGCACAUUGAUUUUGGAAACGUGGACAUUGGUGAGAUCAGCCAUGACGUGAUGGCCAACAUGGAGCCGUUCGACGUGAACGAGUUCGACCAGUACCUGCCGCCCAACGGGCACCCGCAGUCGUCGAGUGGCACCGGCGCCGGGUCUUCGGCUUCACCCUACGCGUACGGCAUCUCCAGUGCCCUGGCAGCCGCUAGCGGUCACUCCACCGCCUGGCUUUCCAAGCAGCAGCUGCCGUCCCAGCAGCACUUGGGAUCGGAUGGCGGGAAGACGCAGAUUAAGAGCGAGACGCACUUCUCGAGCGAUGCGGCGGCUGCGGCGAGCGGCUCGCACGUCACUUACCUGCCACACUACAGCGCCGCCUUCCCUUCGCUGGCGUCCCGCGCGCAGUUCGCCGAAUACGCCGAGCACCAGGCGUCCGGCUCGUACUACGCCCACUCUAGCCAGACCUCCGGCCUCUACUCCGCCUUCUCCUACAUGGGCCCUUCGCAGAGGCCCCUGUACACCGCCAUUCCGGACCCCGGCUCCGUGCCGCAGUCGCACAGCCCAACGCACUGGGAGCAGCCCGUGUACACCACCCUAUCCCGACCGUGACGGGACCCUCUGCUUCCGCAUCCAGUCGCUGAAGGGUCCGACAGAAGCGUGACUCGAAAUCAUGACGAACACUCACCUGCACCACAAUCUACACAGACGGAAAUCUGAGAGGAACUUGUGUGUGUGUGUGUGUGUGGAGAUCUGCAGGGAACAUAUUCUCACGCGCCUCAGGCUGAUGAAACCUUCGUUAACGACACAGAUCCACCCAACGCCAGAUGAAAUAAAGGAGGAAGAAAUUUGACACCAGUGGUCCUUCACGAGACAUAUUACCAAAGUUCUGAGACCAAAAGAGUACAAAAAUUGGUGCAGUUUCUGAACUCUGUUUGGUUUGGCAGUAACCCUCGAAGCGUACACCGACCCACGUAAAUUCACUCAGAUACACAAAAACAAACACCUACUAUCUGUACGUCCAUGUUUUUAUUUUUUAAUUUGUAUGAAUGAAUAAUCUCUUUUUAUUAACCAAAAUAAGGCCAUAUUGUUUUUAUCGACAAAUAAUGACGUGUUUUCGUUGUUGUAAUCUUUUCUAUUGUUGUUACUCUUGUUGUUUGUGUUGCCAUAACUACACUGAAAAGUCUUCACCACUGUCUAGUGUUUGUUAAUGACAUUUGUGUUCCAUGACUUUCAGCGUGUGUAAAUAUCGGUGCCAGGACGCGAUAAUUAUGUGUUUUUACUUAUUACUCCAAACACGCAGGCAGAGUCCUGUAAUGCAAUGUUUCGGACUCGUCGGAAUUAGCCUAACUACGAGUUUCCAGUAAAUAAAAGUCUUUUUUUUAGAUAACACCGCUAGUGCCUCAGUCCAUCGGCUACUGUUCGCCAUCGCUGAAAAACUAGAUGGAGAUCUAUCUACCUUCAGGGCACGAACUUUAUUAGCCGGUAGCCUAUAGGGAUAUUUUUACGCCCAUGUGACAAUGUAAUGAGCAAUUUUGAAAGAGCACUGUUUUGUAUUUUUGUGGAAAAUUUCAGAACGCUGCCCAAUUUUUUUGGUUUUGUUUGUUUUUAAUGAGAUAUAAAACAUUGCGGUACUUCUUGGUAAAUACAGCUUGUUACCGUAAGCUCCGUUUAGUUAUCCGACGACUCCUUCCCUUUGGUACUUUUAUAGUUUUCGCCCUCUUUAUUAGUAUUAUUCAGAAACGGCAAACAAACGGCUUUCUUGUUAUAUAUUACAGAAUAUUAUUUAUAUUUGUUGUUUUUUGUUCGUUAUUUUUUAUCAGUAGCGUUUUAUUCUGACGUCGAAAACCUUGUGUCAUUUUGUGGUGGGUAAAAGUGUUGUUUUUCUUUAUCAGUGUACAUAGAAGAGAGCAGUGACUAACUUCCCUCACUUUAAAUAAAGUCUGUACGAACGCA